CGCCUCCAAUGAGGUGUGCAGAAAGCCUGCUGAAGGCGACACUCGCGAUCUUCCUCGUGCCCAAGGCAGACAUAGGUUGAUACUCAGCGUCAAGGUAAAUAUUACGCCGGGGGCUGGAAGUUGUUCCACUCGACCUACCUCAUCCUUCUACCGAUCGCUUCGAUCAAGAAGCAUCGAUUGUCCACGAGUUCUUCAUCAGCUACAAAUAUGGCGGAAGUCGCAGGCCUUGCGCUAGGAGUUGCUUCGCUGCUUAUUGCUGCUAUUGAGAGUUACCGUUGCGCUACAGCCUUCUUCAGCGCCAUCAAGAACUAUCCGCGAAAGCUCAGAGAAGCCAUACAAACGCUACGGAUGCAAGAGCUGUGCUUUCGGAAAGCGAACGAGCAAAUUCUCUGCCACUGUGUUGACACCCACGAGGCAAGGCAAAUGCUUAGGGAUGCUGAACACGCUGCCUGGCGUGAUCAGGAUGUCUUGAGUCGCUACAUUGCUCUUCUUGGUGGAGAUCAAGAUGGCUUCGAAGCUGCUAUAGCUCUUAUUUGCAACACUUUAGAUGCUGUUCGAACAGAUCUCGGGCAGUUAGCGAUAUCUCCAAAAACGAGCAUCAAAGCAGCCAGGAAGCAGCUUCGUUUCGCUUUUGAGCAGUCACGCAUCCAAAACUCGCUGCGAGAUCUGACCGAGAAAACCCAGAAUUUCGUUGCCUUGACUAAUCUAAUGACAGUACAAACGCCGUACCACGAGGAUCCACGCAGCAGGAUGAACUCUUUCGGCCUAAGGAAGGAAAUGCAGCGAGUCUUUGCGGUCAAGAGCACUGCAAAAGACCUCUAUCUAGCCUUGGAAUCAGCGUGUACAGACCAUGAAAACCACCGAGCCUAUCUCAGCCUCAGCCCAGUCUGUUCUGAUUCCCGACAGAUCCGUUUCACCCUCGCCUUUAGUCAACUCACGUUGAGCCCACCAGAUCCUGACGCCAACGAAAAGCCUCUAUGGCUCACUGUCGAGUCACGCGUCUGCGGGAGAAUCGAGGCUGCCGACAGCGAGACACAUGGCCUUCGCCAGACGGCAAUGACGCUGAAGCGGCCAAAUGUCCGCUUCCAAGAUGAGUACGAUCAGGAUUUGGUAAAGGAGAAGAAACUUAAGACACCACAAAGUCAACGAAGUAGUGGUGGAUCAGCAAUGCUAGUCUUGCCUCCUUCACUUGCUGUACCUGCCAGCACCUCCAUCAAUCUCUGUAGACACAGGAAGAUCUGUCAUCACUUAGCCAAAUUCAAAGGCCUCACUCUACCAAGCGAUCAGGCUGUUGGCUAUCUCGAAAAGCGGUCAGGCGCGAAGCACCUCAUCUAUCUCAACUGUCGACAGUCGAAGACAACAGCCACUUCGGUCAGUCCGGGCCUCAAGAGCCUCCAAGAUGUCCUUGGAGAAAGCGGCGAUAAUAGCGCCCACGACGGAUUCUCAAUUACUCGGCGCAUCGUCCUCGCAAAACAGCUAGCGCAGGCAGUCCUACAUUUCCAUCAAACCGCUUGGCUGCAGGACUCCUGGGACAGUCGAACUAUUCUGGUGGCAAGGAGGGACUCCUCACAUGCCACGGAAGUCAGCGCCUAUUCCCCGCCCGAAGUAUUCGCAACCACCAAAAUCUACAGCCCGGCAGCAAGGCAAGCUCUGGUUUCGCCAUCCUCCAAUUCCCUGGUCAUCAGGAACCGUCUCCUGUUCAGUCUGGGUGUUGUUUUGCUCGAGCUGGCGUACGAGAAGCCGCUAGCCGCUAUGGUCGAUCAAAUUGACCGCGUCGGCACUGCGCAGCAAGACGUCCCCUAUCGUACAGCAAAUCGCCCGUCGAAGAGAGUCUCAUCGAAGUGGGGCCCGAAGUACGCAGAGACAGUCCGCAAAUGCUUGCAUUGCGACUUUGGCCAGGGCUUCGACCUUGAGAAGGCUAAGCUGCAGGAGGCGUUCUAUUGGUCUGUCAUUUGUGAGCUUGGGACGCUGGCGGAAAGUCUGGGAUGA